AUGCAUAGUGUUCUGUUUCAGAAAUGGUCCAAUAGUUUAGCACGUGAGGCACGGGAGGAAGCUGAACAAUGUUACUCAUUCAAACGGCGCGACCCCAAUCAGCUUGGGAGCGAAAUUCGCGAUAUCUCCUUCAAAUAUGAGAACCCGGUUUUCGAAUGGAGAAAGAGGAAUAACGACUAUAAAUUCGGGAUACUUACCAAAACCACUAGAUUGAGGCAUGGCUCCUAUACUCAGAGGACAUACAGAAGAUGUCAGUGUUUGACCAUCGGUGUCUUUGAAGCAUUGGUCAGUUUUGGUGGGAGCAUCGUACUAGCAAUAAGGUUUUGUUGGAACAUCGUAUUGGCAAUGCUGAGGUACGCUCGAUCGUCUUUGGAUGAAGCGACUCUCUCGCGAUAG